GGCCGAAGAAGUGGUGAUCAGACGAGACAACAGACCAUUGAUUGUAAUACUUAUGAGACAACUGACGGUAUCGUGAAACUGGAGCUCAAGUGCCCCAAAACUGACUGUCCGUUCAGUACUACAUCUCAACGCGGUUUGAAUAAACACUUGAGAGCACGACAUGUGAGGGCGCGGAAGACCUACCGGUGCUCGGAGUGCGGCAAAGUGUUUGCGGGUGAGGCGGGACUCGAGCGCCACCAGAAAUCGCAUACCGUUCCCGAACGCAUCUAUCGGUGCGAUUACGUCGGAUGUGGCAAAAGUUUUGCAACAAAAUCGCGGCUAACUCUACACAAUGCCUGUCACUCGGCCCCGACCUACCGGUGCGAUAUGGAUGGCUGCGGGGCUACAUUUACCAGCGCUUCGCGUGUGGCUAUACACAGACAGCGCACACACCAAUCGGACUACCGGUGCGAGCGGGAGAGCUGUGCGUACACUACAGGCGUUCAGUCGCUUCUAAAGCAACACCGCCUAAGAGUACACUCCGAUGAUAGGCUGUACGCGUGUCGACUGUCCGACUGUGGAAAGUCGUUCAAAACGGCUAACCAUUUACAGCGCCACCAAUUAUGCAAACACCCGGACGACAUGCCCCACCCGUGGCUGCAGUGCCCCCAAACUGACUGUCCGUUUCGCACCAAAUACGAGGGAGACCUUACGGACCACUCGAGGGCCGCCCACUCGAAGCCAUACCAGUGCCCGGUGUGCGGGAAGGGGUUUGGAAAGGCAUACCUGCUUAAGCUCCACGCACUGUUCGCUCACAGGGCUUCGCUGUCGAUGCACAUGAAAACACAUACGGCGCCCGACACGUACCGGUGCUCGUGGCCCGGGUGCGACAAGUCGUACGCACUGAAGCAUAAUCUCGUGAAUCACGAGCAAACGGUCCAUAAGCCCAUUAUCUACCGGUGCUCGGAGUGCGGCAAAGAGUUUGGCAAAGAGUACGACCUGAGACACCAUCAGCGGGUGGUACACGAGCCCACACACCACCCGGAGCUAAAGGUCCGGUGCGAGUGGCAUGAGUGCGACCGCGUGUUCAAGGCUCGC